AUGAUGCCACAACGACUAUUGAAAAUAAGGAAUUUUAAUAAACCACCUGAUUCAAGAGAUCAGACAGAAUCAGAUGCUAUUUAUAACAUAGUAAUACUGAAUCUGUGGAAUUGUUCUAAUUUUUUGGAUAAAGAAAAUUCUUUAGUGACAAACCAAGAAAGUUUAGUUAAUAAAAAUGACAUACUGUACGUCACUCAACCCAAUGCUGAAGAGUUUUAUUGUUCAAAAUUAGUGUUGACUAACCAAGAAAGUUUAGUUAAUAAAAAUGACAUACUGUACGUCACUCAACCCAAUACUGAAGAGUCAGUGGCUACUCAUUCUAAUUGUACUGAUAUACUCUCUGUUACUCAAUCCAAUGCUGAAAAGCCAAGGGUGACAACUUUUUAUUAUACUGACAUACUGCCUGUCACUCAAUCCAAUACUGAAGAGCCAUUGGCUACGAAUUCUAACAGUACUGACUACGUUGGAGAACCAGAUGAAGUGACAAAUAAAGAAAAUUCCGAUAAAAAUAAUGUCACAAAACCCAAUGUUGAAGAACCAUUGGCAACAAAUUCUUACUAUCUUGACAACGUUGUAGAAUCAGCUGAAGGUACCGAAAUAAUCAUUACUAAGGUAUAUAAAGAAGUAAAAUAUAAUGCCAGACCCAGAAACAACUUGCACUCAGCAUUAGCGAAUGAUUGUGGCGAUCAUUACGCACCAGUACAUUUAUUUAUUUGUAUAUUUAGUAUGCAAUAA